AGGACAUUAAUAUUAACGACAACUGCUUUCCUUCCUUUCUCAUUUCCUUCCUUUCCUGCUUUUGUCACUUCCUCUCCUCAGCCCUGAUCGUGUGGUGUGAUCGCUCCAUGGAAAGUUUCAUCCAAGUGGGCUGGGUUUGCGCCCCCUGACACGGCGAGUUUAAGUUUUCUCUUCUCUUUAUAUUUUUAGCUUCUAGUUUCUCUUCUUCGAUGUUCCUACAGCCUUCUGAUGUUUUUUACCUUCGUCUUCUCCUUUUUUCCUGUGCCUCUAGUUCGCUCUGCAUGUGUGACUGUCCACCAUCAGUUCUGGCGCAGUUGGUAAUUCUUGUCAUUCUUGUGUGAUGAACGAGGUUUUAAUCCGGAUACAGAACCCGUUACAGUAUAAGAAGGAGUUUUACUUCUAAACCGUCCAGCUAAACUGCCCAGUCUGUGUUACACUGAGAACGAUAUCGCCAUCAUCUCACUGCAGUCCAGAACUUCCUAAGAAAAAGUGAAACUGAAAAACUCUGGAAGUUCACAUCGAAUAACAGCCUUCUUCUUCACAAUAAGUGCUGAUCUGAACUGCUGGAUAUUCAGAAACUCUGAGAAGAGUUCAAACACAGACAGUUCUGACUCUUCAAGAAAAAGACAGAAAAAUAAAGGUGUUAAAGGAUGAGGAAGAAAAUGGCUGAAUCUUCAUCACAACAACCAAGAGAAGAAAGAAGGAGCAGCACAGAGGAAUCAGUUCACUUUGCUCCUGAACCCAGUGGUCUCCUGUCUGAAGAUCAGUUCCUGUGUUCUUUCUGUCUGAAUGUGUUCACUGAUCCAGUCUCCACUCCAUGUGGACACAACUUCUGCAUGAAAUGUAUUAAAACAUGCUGGGGUGACAGUGAGCAGUGUCACUGUCCAUUCUGUAAAGAGAAAUUCGUCAAAAGACCAGAACUCAAGGUCAAUACAGCAUUCAGAGAGGUUGUAGAUCACUUCAAGAAGAAAUGUGAUCUGGAUAAACCUGAGGUUCUUUGUGAUGCCUGCAUUGGAGUGAAGAAGAAAGCCCUGAAAUCCUGUGUGGAUUGUCGUCUCACUCUUUGUAAAUCUCAUUUAGAAUCUCAUAAUAAUAUGCUGAAACUUAAGGAACACAAGCUGAUAAGCCCAUUAAAGAACCUGGAGGACUACAUAUGCCAGAAGCACAGGAGACCCCUGGAGUUGUUCUGUAGAGAUGACCAGAUGUUUGCGUGUAUGAUCUGCACUAUGACUGACCACAAGAAGCACAACAUUGUUCCUGUAGAGGAGGGGAUUGAAGAAAUGAAGUCACAACUGAAGAAGACACAGACAGAGGUGCAGCAGAUGAUCCAAGACAGACUGAAGAAGAUCAAAGACAUCAAACACUUAGUAGAGCUCAGAAAAAGAAACACAAAGAAAGCGAAAGCAGACAUCAUUAUAGUCUUCACUGCUCUGAUGUGCUCCAUUGAGAGAAGCCAGGCUGAGCUGCUUAAGGUGAUGGAGGAGAAGCAGAAAGCAGCAGAGAUGCAGGCUGAAGACCUCAUUGAAGAGCUGGAGCAGGAAAUUACUGAGCUAAAGUGGAGAGACACUGAGCUGGAGCAGCUCUCCCACACUGAGGACCACCUCCACCUCCUACAGAUUUACCCAUCACUGUGCCGACCUCCACACACCAAGAACUGGACUGACAUGAGUAUUGACCCUAUUAUUGAUCUGAGUGUAGACAUUGUGAGGAACGUUCUGUCUCAACUUCAGAAGAGUCUGAAUGAGAUGAUCAUAGAAUCAGAACUGAAGAGGAUUCAGCAGUAUGCAGUGGAUGUGACUCUGGAUGCUGAUACAGCUCAAAUAUAUCUCAUCCUGUCUGAUGGUGGAAAACAAGUAACACACGGAGACACUAAACAGAAUCUUCCUGACAAUCCAAAAAGAUUUGAUAGAUGCUCGUGUGUCCUGGGAAAGGAGGGAUUCUCCUCUGGGAGAUUUUACUAUGAGGUGCAGGUCAGGGGGAAGACUGACUGGGAUUUAGGAGUGGCCAGAAAGUCCAUUAACAGGAAGGGUAAAAAUGUUACACUGACCCCACAGAAUGGAUUCUGGACAGUGGUUCUGAGGAAUGGGAAUGAGUAUUUGGCUUGUGCUGGUCCUUUAGUUCUCCUCUCCCUGAGGAAGAGGCCCCAGAAGGUGGGGGUGUUUGUGGAUUAUGAGGAGGGUCUGGUCUCCUUUUAUGAUGUGGAGUCCAGAUCUCAUAUCUACUCUUUCACCAGUCAAUAUUUUACUGAGAAACUCUAUCCAUACUUCAGUCCCUGUAAUAAUGAUGGAGGUAAAAACUCAGCUCCACUGAUCAUCUCACCUGUAUCAAAGACUAAAUAAACUUUCAGUCAUAACUACAAUAGGAACGCUACAACAAAACAGAUUUAAUGUUUUCUGAUGCAUUAUGGGAGAAAAGUGUAUAAGUGGUCAUACUAUUUACUUACAGCACACAUACUAUAUUAUAAAAUAACAGUAUUUUUACAGUUACUGUAUUACUGAAUAUAUUUAAUUACUGUAUUUAUAAUUUUUUUCUUCACCCUGUAUUUUGAAUAUGCAAUCUUGACAACCUACAUCUUGCUACAUUAUCUAGUACAGUAUAUAAUGAUAUACGCAAACAACACAAUUUCAGAUAGCAGAAAAUUGAUCAUUCAUUCAUGCUGUUACAUAUACUGUCACUGAGUGUAGGAUCAGGAUCAAAAGUCGGCAUAUUUUCUUUAUUGUCUGACUAAAGAUUUUCUCAGAUAAGGAAAUUGAAUAAAAGUCGCCAAAUAGGGAAUUUCUUCAUCAUGAUGUACACAGUCAUUCAGAGUGGUUUGGUGAAAUGCUCUGUUGCAAUACUCUGUUCUGGAGAAUCUUAUUGACUGAGAACCAUUUACAAUGGUGGUGAUAGGAACCAGGCAUCUUAAGUGUUUAAAGCCUUUAAAAGCAACAUAACAGAACAUUAUAAAUUAAAAUGGUUACAAAUACACUGCCUGAUGCCUGAGACACUGUUUGAUGAUGAGAGUAUAAAAAAUGUUUGUAUUUAAGUGUAUUCAAAUGUGUUGAAAGUAUUUUGUAAUAGCAAAUGUAUGUAUUAUGCUAAACUAUAUUAAUUGCUACGACCCCAUAGUUUGUCCAGGGCACUGUGGGGUACAGUAAUAUGUGGCAUUAAAAGACUGAACUGGUGA